AGCUCAUGAUUUAGCUGCAUAUCGUGUAUGUACGGUACGUACCGGUAUGCGCUGCAAAAACACGACUAAGAAAAACUAAAAAUUAGCUGAACUUUUGAACUACAAUUGGAAUAAACAACUAUUCAUCAUGAGUGUUACCUCGGCUAAUCCAGCAACGCCUUAUACCCGAGCAGAAUUUUUCAAUGCUUGUACCAGUGUUCUGGAGGGUCUGAACUGUCUUCAGAGGCAACAGUCUGUCAUAGAUGAAAGGUCAUGGGAAGUGUUGAACCGUUUGGGGAAGAUGGUCAGUGACCUUCGACCAGAGGUCAAGCAGAAUAAAGAGUACUGGGUGGAUGGCCCACUGGUGAGAUUUUUGACAGCCAAUGUUUUGAAAGCAAAGAGUGUACUACAGGAAAUGAAGAGAACGUGUAGCCAAAAGAGUGCAGCUAUCAAUGGUCAAGAAUACAUUGAAAGACACCUAGCACAACAUGUUGAAGAUAUAAGAACUGCUCUUGAGGAACUUGAAACACAUCACCAGCAAACCCUCUUCAGAACCGACACAGUGGGAAUUGAUAGUGGAGUAGGACAGAGAAUGAACACUGUUUCUAAAGGACCCACAGAGAUGACUUCUGGAGGAUUGACCAAAACCCCACCAGCUGAAAUAAGCUUAGAACCAAAAGGCUCAGAAACAUUCAUGAGAAAUGUAAAUGAUGCUAAGAUUGCCACAUCAGAUUCAUACCCAGGGACCAACUCACAUCCGAUGACCACAAUGUGGUCCUCAGGAACACACCACCCAGAGGCCAGCAAACCCGGUGUCUUUGAGCACAUCCAAGAAAUGACCAACAUCUACCCGGAGCAUGAUCCUAACUGGCCCAAGCGAGAUCGGAAACCAAACCUACCAUUUGAAAGGACUCAACCACCAUUAGUCUACCCCGGCAUCAGAAACAUGCAUAACUACGGCAACCUUCCUCAAUUCACCGGCAAGAACCUCCCGAUGCCCAAGAUACCCGACGGGGAGAUGGGACUGAGGGCUCCACAUGUUGCCCACUGGGACAGCACAAACCACUACACCUACUAAAAUGACAAGCAUACAAGCAGACAACAAUACUUUUAAUCAAAUGCUGGGAACAUUUCUUAGUUUAGUGUGGUGUACCUCUCUGGGAUUGAUGUUGGAUUGCACUCGAACAGCAAGAACCACUUCUUUGAAUAAAUACUGUCUAGUCAACAACCCUAGAACACUCUAUGAAAUGCCGGGAGGGAAUGAUACCUGACGUUCAGUGGCAGUGCCCUGUACUAACCCACAAGGUCCAUUAUGAUUAUAGAGCUUCACAGACACCACUCUUCUACAGUCACACCAAGGAAACCGACUCCAAACCAACCAAUGGUAUGUCAUUGAAACUAAUGUAAUAGCUUUGAUCCGUCUGGAGUGGGAUUCACCGAUGUGACUGUGGCAUUAACCAGAUCCUGACUGGCCAAUAAUCAAAGAAUAACACUCUUAAUCAAAUGCUUGGAGGAUUUUGCAGAACUUUAAUAUUUAGUAUUGGUGCACUGGGACUACACUUGUAAAUCACAAACCAUUACUCAUACUGAUGACAGUCUAGUUAACGCUUAUAGUGCAACACUCGUAUUAAAUCAAAUGCUGGAGAUAGUUGUAACUGAUAUUCAGUGCUGUAUAGUUACAUCUUGACUCAGAUAUUUAUCACCUUGAGAACAUUUAUAUUUCACCGCUUUCAAGAUUGAAUAGAUGGAUCAAUAUGUAAAGUGUACUAGUAUAUGCACAGCACUUGUUCAUCUAGCUGUGUAUAGUUGACCUACAGUUAAUGUAUGGAAGUGUAAGGUAUUGGGGAUGCAUAUUUUCAGUCUCUCCUGGAGUUAUUCCCAGCUUUACAAACAUUUUAACAAAACCCAGAGAUGCCAGCACAGUCAAGUUUUAACAUGUUCGUGAUUCUAUUGAAGCCCAUUGUGUGAAACUAACUGUCGUGAUUGCAAAACUCAAAUGAAGUCUGUUCUAUACUUUUAGGAGCAAAUAAAUAUAUUAUUGUAGUGUGUUGCAAAUCAAUGUAUAGAAGCAAAGAGAAUGGGUAUACUUGUUGCCACACAAAGGCAUCUCUUUGCCAAAUUAUUAUCACCUUGAUUCCUGGAAAUUUAGAUUAUUAUCAUAAACAAGAAUGAAAUUUUACUGUAUCAUUACUUGUACAUAAUAUUAUGGAUAUAUGUUUUAAAUUCACUGUAAAUACAUUUUGAAAAAUAUGUAAAUGCAAAUGUUGUAGAUUUCCAAUAUUCUCAAUGAGAUCUAUGUGUGAAUAAAAUUUAGUUAUUUAAAUUAUUUUUCAUUGAAUAAACCUUUCACUUAUAAUUUCUGUAAUUGUACAUGUAUCAGCUAUUCAAUAUUUUUAUUGAUUUUACAAUUUAUUAUUUUCCUUAAAAACAUAACAAGAACUAAAAAACAUCUACUUAGCAUCUGUGCCUUUGUUAGAAUCAUCAUAUUUCUUUUAUUUCUUCUAGUAAAGACAAGUUACGAAGAUAAAGCGAAAUAUUUAAUUUCCUUUCAUUAUUUGCAUAAAUAAGGGAAGUCAUGGUUUCAAGUGUAGCACAAAUUUCUUUUUCUUGUUUGGAAUUACUUUGAUUGAAAAAAAAGGGGGAAAAUACUGCAACAAUAUUUGAACAUAAUACAAGCAUAAGGCUUAGUUUGCUGAGUAUGUACUUGCUUCCAUAUUAUAGAAAUACAUUUGAAUAUACAAGUUGGUUUGUGAGGAGCAUUUUGAUGAUAAAAUAAAAAUCUAUGAAAAAUUCAGAGUUACUAUGACCACCCCCCCCCCAAAAAAAAAGUCUCAUUGUGAUGUCAUUUGCCACCUAUUACAUAUAGGUUUUUAAUGUUGAUAUGCACAGGUAAAAAAAAUAAAAGAUGACAGUUGAUGGAAUUUUA